AUAACUUCCCAAAAGGCGAUCAAAACCACCAUUUUCAGGUACUUGGAGUUCCAAAAUCUUUGCUGUUCAUCUUGUUUUGGGCAUUGGGUGGGGCUUGGAAUUCCAUUUCAGAUCGUUUUUUGGGUGCGUUUUAGAUGAUUUUCCUGUUGUUUAGCUUCUGUUUGGGGGUUGAGAAAUUGGGGUAGAUAGAAUUACUUCCAUGGAAGGAAAAAUGAAACUAUUUUUUGUUAAUGUUAUAGUUUGUUUUUAGCAGCAUUUUCCUUCAAUUUCGCAGCAACCUAACUGGGCCCUUGAGAAUGUUGUUUCUCUCUUAGGAAUAUGGAAGGAUAUUUUGCUAGAGACGUGAUGGGAGACCACAUGGUUUCGUGUGUUGACCGAUUCAUUGCACCCGAAUCACUGCAACCGCCACAAGCGGCUGGGGCCUUAAUGUCUGCUGGAAACAGAUCUUGUGGUUACCCAGUUGAUCGAUCCACUUUGAAGAUCGAUAUUGAGGAAGGGGGAGAAAAUUGUUCAGCUGGUGAAGAAGAACCACUGAUUCCCAAUGUGGAAUGCCGCAUAUGCCAGGAGGAAGAUAGCAUAAAAAACCUGGAGAUCCCUUGUUUCUGUAAUGGAAGUCUUAAGUUCGCUCACAGGAACUGUGUUCAGCGAUGGUGCAAUGAGAAAGGAGAUAUAACUUGUGAGAUCUGUAAUCAGCCUUACCAACCUGGUUAUACUGCUCCAGCUCACCCCGAAGAUACCACCAUUGAUAUCAGCGGGGGUUGGACGAUUGCUGGUACUCCUUUAGACUUGCAUGACCCUCGACUUUUGGCUAUGGCUGCCACAGAACGCCAUCUUCUCGAGGCUGAAUAUGAUGAGACAAGUGCCAGUGGCACUGCAUUUUGCCGCUCUGCUGUUCUAAUUUUAAUGGCUCUUCUACUCUUGAAGCAUACUCUGACCUUUGUAAACGGUGAUGGGGAUGAAGAUGAUGUUUCCACCUUUUUCUCUCUUUUUUUGCUUCGGGCCGCUGGUUUUCUUCUCCCUUGCUAUAUAAUGGCCUGGGUUAUUAGUAUAUUGCAGCGUCGAAGGCAAGGACAGGAAGCAGAAGCAUUUCUGCUACAAGCAGAUCAACAUAGGGGCUUGCCGAUCACGAUAGCACCAGGUCCUGCUGCAACACCAGAGCCUGCAGUUACCUCACUAAUACCAGGACUUGCUGUUUCUUCAUCAUCACCGGGGUUUGUCGUGAUCCCCCAUCCGGAGCCCCUUCAAUAAUAUUAUAUUUCUGUCUAGAAGGCUGAAUUUUUUCGGCAACCAUCUCUUGCUAUUUCCAAAAACCUUACAACCUCAAAUUUCUCAUAUCGUUUUAUUCUUCUGUUAUUUUUGUACCUUAAGUUUGAAACUGGAGCAGUCACUGUGGCUGCUUGGGAAAACUUCUGGUAACAAACCUGUUGUCUCCACAGAACACAAUCUCAGGGUAUUUGGGAUGUCGAAGGAUUCAGGUUUGAGUGUUAAUAGGUUAUUCAUCAUGCUUUAUUUGUAUAUGUUUUGCCUAUGACAGAUAUGACGUUUUCUUUGCAUCAGUAUACAUGUAGCUAUUGUUGGGAUUAAAUUGGAAUGCUUUCUUAUGAAUUAUCAAGAUGGAUUUUGCUCCUCUGCAAUGAGGGUAGUUGGAGUAGUUCAAUUAUUCCAGCCAUCCCCUG